AUGGAAAAGCAUAAUGAGGAUGAUAUCGAUAUAUCAACGUAUUUUGAGGAAACUUAUUGCAAUAAAACUAUAAAUAAUAUAUUUAAGGAUCUAGAGCCAGUAUCUUUAAAAAAAAGAAACUUUUUUGAUGAUUUUGAAGAAGCUGAAUCUCACCAUGUUAACCUCUCAUGCCUCUUGAAAAAUAAUCCUAAUUUUUGCAUAACUGUUACUACUUUAAAUGAUGAACAUAGUCAUGACUUAUCUCCUAAGAUAAUACAGUUUGAAAAGGGUAAACAGUUUACUGAAGAAAUGCGGAAAAAGAUUGAAUUCCUUGUCACAAAAUGCCAGCUUGGAGCAACUAUUAUGAGACGUAUAUUAAGAGAGAAUGAUACAGCAAAUUUUUAUGAUCAAUUGUUGUCAAAACAACGAGAGGAUUCUCUCUGGUUUAUUGAGAUUAUGUGGAAGAGUGAAACUAAUAUAUUAACAAAUUUGUUCUGGAUGAGUUCAGAACAAAUUUUGUUAUGGCAUGAAUUUGUUCAGAAUGAUAAUAUGCAAUCCCGUAUCAUUGCUCAAGCCUUUAUCUGUAAUGAAAUAAUCGAAACAUACCAAUGGGUCCUUCAAAUAACAAAAAAAAUGACCAAUAAUAGAUGCUCUUGUGUUUUUGUAACUGAUGGUGAUCCAGCAAUGGAACAGACAAUAUUUUUAGAAUAUCCAGAAAUAAAACAUCUUUUUUGUAUUUGGCAUGUUAAGCAAAAUAUAAAAAAGAUGUUGUGUAGUAAAUUGAAAGAUUCAUUUAAUGAGUUUUACAGUAGAUUUUGGCAAUGCAGAAAUGCAGAUAUGGUACAUGGCUUUGAGUACUAUUGGGAGCAACUUGUAAGCUUUCUUAAUGCAAAGUUAUACUUUGAACGUUAUUUUUAUAAGCGUAGAUUUUCAUGGGCAUGUGCAUUUACUACAAUAGAAUUUAUGCUUGGAAUUCAAUCUAUGUUGUUCAUUAAAACAAGCAUUGUCACAGUUUUUCCUGCCAUUGAAUCUUUGGUAAAACAAUAUUUGGGAUCAAAUGUUUCUAAUUUUUUGAUAGAGCAAAUGAAAGAAAGUUUGUAUUAUAUAGCUAGCUGUUCUACGAUUAAAGAGGUUGAGUCACUUACCAUUUAUGAGCCUUCACAAAGUAAAGACAUGGAUGACGAAUCUGAUGCUGUUAAUUUAUCUGCUAAAUAUUUUCUGGAUCAUUUGGAACAGAAUAUAGUUGAAGAAAUCUAG